UUGAGCGCUCUCCCUCUUUCUCUCUCGCUCUCUCUCUCUUUCUAGAGACUAUAUAUCUAUGUCCCUGUCAUCGUUGGGUUGAUCGGCCUGAAAGCUUCUCGCCGUCCGGCAGUCACUCCGGCGAGCCGUCGUGGACGAUUUCCGUAUCGGUCCACCACCGGUGAACUGUCUUCCAAAUUUAAAACCCAACGGUACAGGUUUUUCUCUCCGGUUAAUUCAUGCAGUAGAUUAAUUGUUGCUUUAUUCUGCAUUCACGACGAUUUCAAUCUGUCAAAACAUCAUAUAUGGCACGAAUUCGUGGCUGUUUAUGCUGAUUAUCGAUCUGAAAAAAUCAGUCAUCAAAGCCAAUCUUGAUGAUUUGAAAAAGGAAGAUAUAGACACACACACACACACACACACGAGCAUAUUGUUUUUGUGCGUGCAAGUUUAGGGUUAGGGCACAUCAGAUUGGGAUGUUCAACAAGAUCAUAAAACGUGGUCAACGUAAGCUAGCGAAAUCGGAUGCUCACGAUUUCGGGUCAAAUGUUGUUGUAAAUCAUGCUUCCAGGGGUGGACCGGUACCUUCCGUGGCCAAUUCAGGUGGUGCCGCGGCGGCAGCUAUGGCUCCCCCUUGGGGUACCGUAGAGACCCUCCCUAUGUUAAGGGACAUUCCGGUGUCAGAACGCCAGAACUUAUUCCUUAAGAAAUUGCAGAUUUGUUGCUUCCAAUUUGAUUUUUCCGACACUCUGAAAAUGGUUAGAGAGAAGGAGAUCAAGAGGCAGACCCUCACGGAGCUUGUUGAUUAUGUACAAUCUGGUUCGGGGAAAAUUACAGAGGGUAACCAGGAAGAGAUGAUUCGGAUGAUUUCAGUCAAUAUUUUCCGAUGUUUCCCUCCAGCAUCCCAUGAAAAUACUGGUUCUGAAAAUGUGGACCCAGAGGAGGAGGAGCUAUACCUUGAUCCAGUAUGGCCCCAUUUACAGAUUGUGUACGAGCUGCUUCUGCGGUACGUGGUUUCAUCUGAUACAGACACCAAGAUUGCCAAGCGGUACAUUGAUCAUUCAUUCGUUUUAAAACUACUUGACUUGUUUGAUUCUGAGGACCCCCGAGAGCGGGAGUAUUUGAAGACAAUCCUACAUCGGAUAUAUGGAAAGUUCAUGGUACAUCGUCCAUUUAUUAGGAAAGCAAUCUGCAAUAUAUUUUAUCGAUUUAUAUAUGAAACGGAGAGGCACAGUGGUAUUAGUGAGCUUCUGGAGAUUCUUGGGAGCAUAAUUAAUGGGUUUGCUCUGCCAAUGAAAGAGGAGCAUAAAUUGUUUCUUGUUCGAGGGCUUAUACCCCUCCACAAGCCAAAGCCAAUUGGCGUGUAUCAUCAGCAGCUCUCAUACUGCAUUAUUCAGUUUGUGGAAAAAGAUUACAAGCUCGCUGACAAUGUUGUAAGGGGUUUGUUGAAAUAUUGGCCUGUCACCAAUUGCCAGAAGGAGGUUUUGUUCCUUGGGGAGCUAGAAGAAGUACUGGAGGCAACACAGGCUGCAGAAUUUCAGCGCUGCAUGGUCCCUCUUUUCAGACAGAUAGCCCGCUGCCUCAAUAGUUCUCAUUUUCAGGUUGCCGAACGAACUCUCUUUCUAUGGAGUAAUGAACACAUUGUAAGCUUGAUUGCACAGAACCGGAGCGUUAUUUUGCCAAUCAUUUUUGAGGCUUUGGAAAAGAACAUUCAGUCACACUGGAGCCCCGCCAUCCAUGGGCUGACUGUCAAUGUUCGUAAAAUGUUCUUGGAGAUGGAUCCCGAAUUGUUCGAGGAGUGCCAGACACAGUACGCAGAGAAAGAGGCCCGGGCAAUGGAGGUAGAAGGGCAGCGGGAACUAACAUGGCUGAGGUUGGCUGCUGCUGCAGCACAAGAAGGGUGAGGAAAUGUGAAUAAGAUGUCGACUGAUUUCACUGAAUGCAUCAGUCCAUCCAUAAUAAUUAUGGAUGGAUGGAAAUGCUGUUUGCCCUGCUUGAAUUCAUUUUCCCCCCCUUUUUUUAUUUCAUUCUUUUUUCUUUCCAAAAUCUCUCAAUUAAUAGGCAAAUGCAACUUAAAAUGUACUAAUAUAUAGUUGUGGGUGCUAGUGUACUACUGCAUAGUAAGAAUGGGUUUGUGAUAUAUGGCAGAGUUAAAAUUUUUGCUC